AUGCCAACUCUGUGGAAGCGUAUCGUGUUCUCAGUAGGCUCCAUACUAAGUAUUGGUUCGGUGGUGCUCCUGGUCGUGGCGCUCUCCACCGAGCGCUGGAUCACUGCGACCAUCCUGUGUCAAACUGGGGUUGAUCUGGUGAAUGCGUCACAGCCAGAGCUUGAACAGUUCACUGGAGACAUUUACUACGGGCUCUUUCAAGGUGGCAAAACACGGAAAUGCGGUCUGGGCAGUCGUCGUUUCAAAAUUUACAUUUUCCCAAAACUGAUUCGGAAAGUCAACAGUGGUCUUCAUAUGAUCAUAAUCUUCUUCCUCUUCUUUGCUAUUGGUUUUGCACUGGUGAGUCUGGCAUUCUGCAUUUACAAUGCCAGAAAAGUGCCUUACCAGUCUAUCAAAGGACCUUUAGGCCUCUACCUCUGGAACUUCAUAGCAGCUCUGUUCUGUUCUCUUGGCUUCGCCUGCUUCAUCGCAGCACUUCGGUGUCAUCGGUUAACAGAACGUGUGGCGAACUUUCAGGAAAAUCUGUUCCACCUUGUGGUUUUAGAAGAGAACCUGGGUUUCUCGUUCUGGCUCUGUGUUGCCAGCACUGUAUCACAUGGAGCCAAUAUUCUGGUGGUUGCUUCAAGUAAAAUUCAUCUCCCCAAACUCCAGACCAAAAAACCAGAGGAACCGACUACAACAGGAGAUGAUUUACUGUACUGAAAAAAACUUGAGUAGACUAUAUAGGAGCAAAACUAUCCUUUUGAACUCUUGAAAGCAGAUGUCUUGGACAAAAGAUUGUAUAUUCUAGAAGAAAAUGUUUCACUGUUUAUGUGUAACAUAUGUGUGUAACAUCGUCUGUGGGUCAAUGAACUGUAAUAUUUGCUAAUGUUACAUCAUUUUUAUCCCCUGCUGGCUGAAAGGCCCGAAGGAGGAUUAUGUCGUGGCAAUUUCCGUUCGUCCAUCCGUCCGUCCGUCUGUCCGUCCUAGGAAGGGUGCUCACCUUCUGAAAUCAACUCCUCUCACAAUUUUUUGGAGGAGUUUCAUGAAACUUGGCAGGAUUCUUUGUUAUAUGUCGGUAGUACGCAUAUUGUUAUUUUGUUCAAUUCAGUCACAUUUUACCAGAGUUGUGGUCUUUGAUUAACAACCUUGUACUUUCAUAAUUUCAUGAAGGUGUGCUUGCCUUCUGACAUCAACUCCUCUCACAAUUUCUUUUGGACUAAUUUCUCGAAGCUUGGCAAAAGGCCUUGUUAUAUGAUGGUAAUACGCAAAUUGCGAUUUAAUU